GCCGGAUGCGAGCGCCUGCGCACAGGUCCGGCCGAGGAGGAGGCGCUGAAGGUCACAGCAGGAAGCGAGCGUGACGUCAUCGCCAUCACCCGCAGGUUCCCCUUGGUCGUCGAGAGGUUCCGCAGCGAGGAGGACAAGAUGGGCAACCGGGGAAUGGAGGAGCUGAUCCCGCUGGUCAACCGCCUGCAGGACGCCUUCUCGUCCAUCGGACACAACUCCAGUCUGGACCUGCCGCAGAUCGCCGUGGUGGGCGGACAGAGCGCCGGGAAGAGUUCCGUUCUGGAGAAUUUCGUGGGCAAAGACUUCCUGCCUCGUGGGUCUGGGAUUGUCACUCGGCGCCCUCUGGUGCUGCAACUCAUCCACUGUGCUACAGAGUACGCGGAGUUCCUGCACUGCAAAGGGAAAAAGUUCACAGACUUCGAGGAAGUCCGCCUUGAGAUCGAGGCCGAAACCGAGCGAGUGACGGGACAAAACAAAGGCAUCAGUCCAGUUCCCAUCAACCUGAGAGUCUACUCGCCCAAUGUGUUGAACCUCACCCUGGUGGACCUCCCCGGGAUGACCAAAGUCCCGGUGGGAGACCAGCCGGCCGACAUCGAGCAGCAGAUCCGAGACAUGCUGAUGCAGUUUGUCACCAAGGACAACUGCCUCCUGUUGGCCGUCUCUCCCGCCAACUCAGACCUCGCCAACUCCGACGCCUUGAAGAUCGCCAAGGAGGUGGACCCUCAAGGUCUCAGGACCAUCGGAGUCAUCACCAAACUGGACCUGAUGGAUGAAGGAACCGAUGCCAGAGACAUCCUGGAGAACAAACUUCUGCCGCUUCGCAGAGGUUACAUCGGAGUGGUCAACCGCAGUCAGAAAGACAUUGACGGCAGGAAAGACAUCACGGCAGCCUUGCAGGCGGAGAGGAAGUUCUUCUUGUCCCACGCGUCCUACCGCCACCUGGCCGACCGUAUGGGAACUGCCCACCUGCAGAAGGUUCUCAACCAGCAACUGACCAAUCACAUCAGAGACACUUUGCCCGGGUUACGCACCAAACUCCAGAACCAGCUGCUGUCCAUCGAGAAGGAAGUGUCCGAGUACAAGAACUUCAACCCCGACGACCCCGGUCGCAAAACCAAGGCCUUGCUGCAGAUGGUGCAGCAGUUUGCGGUGGACUUUGAAAAGCGGAUAGAAGGUUCCGGGGACCAGGUGGACACCUGUGAGCUGUCGGGAGGAGCCAAGAUCAAUCGCAUCUUUCACGAGCGAUUCCCCUUCGAACUUGUUAAAUUGGAGAGUGACGAGAAGACUCUCCGUAAAGAAAUCAGCUACGCUAUCAAGAACAUUCACGGCAUCAGGACGGGUCUGUUCACCCCCGACAUGGCGUUCGAGACCAUCGUGAAGCGUCUGAUCAGCACACUGAAGGAGCCGUGUCACAAGUGCAUCGACUUGGUGAUCAAUGAGUUAGUCAACACUGUCAGGCUCUGUGCACUCAAGUUAGCUCAGUACCCAAUGCUGCGCGAGGAGAUGGAGAGAAUCGUCACUCAGCACAUCCGAGACAGAGAAAGUCGCACCAAAGGCCAGGUGAUGCUGCUGGUGGACAUUGAGUUGGCGUACAUCAACACCAACCAUGAAGACUUCAUUGGCUUUGCAAAUGCUCAGCAGAAGAGCAGUCAGGCCAACAAGAAGAAGGCCAGCGGGACUCAGGAUGAGAUCAUGGUGAUCCGCAAAGGCUGGCUGACCAUCAACAACAUCAGCAUCAUGAAGGGCGGAGCCAAGGAGUACUGGUUUGUUCUGACCGCCGAGACCUUGUCCUGGUACAAAGAUGACGAGGAGAAAGAGAAGAAGUACAUGCUGCCUGUCGACCAUCUCAAGCUCAAAGACAUCGAGAAGAGUUUCAUGUCCAGCAAGCACAUCUUUGCUCUCUUCAACACCGAACACAGGAACGUGUACAAGGACUACCGCCAGUUGGAGUUGGCCAGUGAGUCCCAGGAGGAGGUGGACAGUUGGAAGGCAUCUUUCCUACGGGCAGGCGUGUACCCUGAACGCACCGUGGAUAAAGACAAGGUGGAGGUGGAGGACUCCAACACGGACGGACAGAUCCACAGUCUGGACCCUCAACUGGAGAGGCAGGUGGAGAUCGUCAGGAACCUGGUGGACUCCUACCUGUCCAUCAUCCAUCGCACCAUCAAAGACCUGGUCCCCAAGACCGUCAUGCACCUGAUGGUCAACAAUACAAAGGACUUCAUCCACUCCGACCUGCUGGCCCAGAUUUACUCGUGCGCCGACCAAAACACCCUGAUGGACGAGUCCCAGGAGCAGGCUCGUCACCGCGACGACAUGCUGAGGAUGUACCACGCCCUGCGCGAAGGCCUCGACAUCAUCGGCGACAUCAGCACCUCCACCGUCACCACCGGCAUGCCGCCGCCCGUGGACGACUCCUGGCUGCAGGUGACGGGCGCCCCGUCGGGCCGCAGGUCUCCCAUGUCCAGUCCCACGCCGCAACGUCGGGCGCCACCCGGCCCCCUGCGCCCGGGCACUCGGGCCGCACCCGGCGCCCCCUCAAGACCCGCCGUGUCGCCCGACGCCGGACCCGCCGCCCCGUCCCGGCCCAACAGAGGACCGCCGCCCGGGGUUCCCAGAAUCUCCGUUAGCGACCAGUGACCGUGCGACGUGUCAUCCACCAAUGAGAUCGCUGCUCACCCCUGUGACCCCGCCCCUUUCCCCAGGCAUCAAAAAAAAGAUGAUUGACAGCACUAUUGUCCACGGUGUUGAUGUCUUUACGUGUCAAUCAGGACAAACACAAACAAAACAUGUUUGGUCCCACGUGGAAAAAAGUGUGUUUUCAUGUUGUUUGGUGACUGUGACUGUUCAAAAAUUAACUUUGCCAUGGCAUCCCUUUUAUUUUGACGUCUUCCGGGUAUCUUAUUUUGAAAGGACCCCUUUGCCGACUGACUGGCGCUAAGCUAGCAUGCAGAGUACAAAGACAGAUGUCUGCGUUAAGGUGAGUUUAUUUUGCUGUAGUACAGUAAUCAUGUAGUACAGUAGUCAUGUUGUACAGUAGUCAUGUAGUACAGUAGUCAUGUAGUCAUGUGCCUGAUAAAACGUCGUAGUUUUUGUACAAGCACAAAGAGUUAUUUAUUGUUUAUGGAUCCUGCUCUGGUCAGCAGGAGCGCUAGCUAACGAGCUAACAUGCUAACAUUUCCUAUUUAGUUGUUCCCUCUUGAGUCAAGAUACAUUAAAAAAGAUUCAUCUUUACAAUGUAAAGUUUUUAAAAAAUGGUUUUGGUGUGAAUGAUUAUUCAUUCGUUGAUUAAUUUAUUGUGUGAAUGCUCCAAAACAUUCACACAUUUGUUUUGUUUUUACACCAAAAUUCAUCUAUUUAUUUCUUCUUCUUCUUCUUCAGAUUUCCACAUUUUUCAACCAAAUCAAACCGUUGCACCUUCAACACAUUCCACCGUCCUGGAAAUUUAAACUUCCCCUUUUCAAAGUACCCCAAAAAUUCCAGGAUUUUCCACAAUUCCUGGUUUUCCAAAGCCCUGUUUCCACCCUUGUUUUCUGGCAACCCAUUUUUCAGCACAUUUCAACCGUUCCACCGUCAAAACAUUCCUUUUAAUAAGGACAAAAAAAUAUUUUUUUUCUAAUCCGGAAAAAUUCCCGAAAUCCCAGGAAUUCCGUAAUACUAUUUCUCAUUUCAACAUGUUAUUACUUCAACAUUUUGUCCACGGAUUUGAAAAAUGUCAACACCAACCAUUUCAACUCAUUCAGACCAUUCAAAUUUUUUCCCCAAAAAUUCCCACUUUUCCCGAAAUUCCCAAUUUUGGGGGAAAUUCCCAUUGGAAUGAAUAGGAAAAUUUUCAAAGUUCCAUAAUUCCCGCAUUUUUCAUCUUGAUUCAAACUGUUCCAACUCCAAAAAUAUUCAGCCUGUUCAGGAAUUGUGUGCUCUACUUCCACAAUUCUAAGAAAAAAAAAAUUCUCGGAUUUCCCAUUAUUCCUCUUUUUUGGGGGGCAUUUUCCCCAUUCAAAAUGAUUUGGGCAUUUUUCAAACUUCCACAAUUCCAACAUAUUUCAAACCAUUGCACCUUCAACACAUUCCACCGUCCUGGAAAUUUUAACUUCCCCUUUUCAAAGUACCCAAAAAAUUCCAGGAUUUUCCACAAUUCCUGGUUUUCCAAAGCCCUGUUUCCACCCUUAUUUUCUGGCAACCCAUUUUUCAGCGCAUUUCAACCGUUCCCCUGUCAAAACAUUCCUCUUAAUAAGGACAAAAAAUAUAUUUUUUUUCUAAUCCGGAAAAAUUCCCGAAAUUCCAGGAAUUCCAUAAUACUAUUUCUUAUUUCAACAUGUUAUUACUUCAACAUUUUGUCCACGGAUUUGAAAAAUUUCAACACCAACCAUUUCAACUCUUUGAGACCAUUCAAAAUUUUUUCCCCAAAAUUCCCACUUUUCCCGAAAUUCCCAUUUUUGGGGGAAAUUCCCAUUGGAAUGAAUGGGACAUUUUUCCAAGUUCCAUAAUUCCCACAUUUUUCAUCUUGGUUCCAACUGUUCCAACUCCAAAUGUAUCCAACCUGUUCAGGAAUGGUGUGCUCUACUUCCACAAUUCUAAGAAAAAAUUCCCGGAUUAUCCCAUUAUUCCUCUUUUUUGGUGGGCAUUUUCCCCAUUCAAAAUUAUUUGGGCAUUUUUCAAACUUCCACAAUUCCAACAUUUUUCAAACCGUUGCACCUUCAACACAUUCCACCGUCCUGGAUAUUUAAACUUCCCCUUUUCAAAUUUCAAAAAAAUUCCAGGGUUUUCCAGAAUUCCUGGUUUUCCAAAGCCCUGUUUCCACCCUUAUUUUCUGGCAACCCAUUUUUCAGCGCAUUUCAACCGUUCCACCGUCAAAACAUUCCUUUUAAUAAGGACAAAAAAAGUAUUUUUUUUCUAAUCCGGAAAAAUUCCCCAAAUUCCAGGAAUUCCGUAAUACUAUUUCUCAUUUCAACAUAUUAUUACUUCAAUAAUUUGUCCACGGAUUUGAAAAAUUUCAACACCAACCAUUUCAACUUUUUCAGACCAUUCAAAUUUUUUCCCAAAAAUUCCCACUUUUCCUGAAAUUCCCAUUUUUGGGGAAAUUCCCAUUGAAAUGAAUGAGACAUUUUUCUAAGUUCCAUAAUUCCCACAUUUUUCAUCUUGAUUCAAACUGUUCCAACUCCAAAAAUAUUCAUCCUGUUCAGGAAUUGUGUGCUCUACUUCCACAAUUCUAAGAAAAAAUUCCCGGAUUUCCCAUUAUUCCUCUUUUUGGGGGGGCAUUUUCCCCAUUCAAAAUUAUUUGGGCAUUUUUCAAACUUCCACAAUUCCUACAUUCUUCAAACCAUUGCACCUUCAACACAUUCCACCGUCCUGGACUUCCAAACUACCCUUUUUCCAAGUCCCAAAAAAUUCCCAAAUUUCCCUAAUAGCAUUUACUACGUCAGCAUUUCUUACCCGAUUUAAACAAUUCCAACACCAACCAAUUCAGCUCAUUCAGGACAUAGAUACUGACCUAGAUAGAUAUCUACAUAUAUCCAUAUUCAAAAGUUAUUUAUUUUGUUCCAUAGUCGUAUUUCAAAUAGCUAGUGUUCCAUCUUGUAUUCUGUUUAUCUUUUCCCUAUCUCCUGACCGAUGGUACGCUGUAGACGACCUUGGCUUUAGGAAUGUGAGGAGUAGCAAUACUCCCUUCUUAUCACAUCCUGUGCCCAACUAAGGAGGACAAUAGACAUGUGUAUUCGUUCUGGUGGGUAGGAUUGUCAGAUCAACUUGGGCGAUGCAAUUGGAAGGUGUUGUUCAUAGAUUGGUCUCCCAAAGCUUUGGAAUAUAAUGUCAGAAUACCUACUCUGUCUGGGAUUCAUUUAAAAUCAGCUCAUGUGUCAUGAAAAUAACUUGGGGCUGAGCAGCAGUUUAAAUUCCCAGUAAGAGGAAUAUCUGGUCCAAACGCAACAAUUUUUUUAAUCCCGCUUUUCCCCAAAUUUCCAGGAAUUUCCCAUUGCAAUGAAGGGACAUUUUUCCAAGUUGCACAAUUCCCACAUUUUGCAACCUAUUCAAAGCAUUCCACUCAUCCUGGACAUUCAAACUAACAUGUUCCCGAGUUCCAAACCAAAUUCCGGGUUUCCUGGAAAUUCAAACCAUUCCAACAUUCAAACUAUUCCUCCAUUCAUUCGACAUUCUGUCAGUAUUUCACUUCCACUUCAGCAUCGGAGCAUUCACACCUCUAGUUUGUUAUGUUUUGUAUGACUUGUCCGUAGGAGCUUUCCAAUUGAAUUGGGAGGUUUUCCUUUUGCAUGCAAACACAAAGAAGCCAUGCGUCGGACUCCAAAAAGAUAAAAUUCUGCUAAUACGCCCAAAGCACAAAUGUUCAUUUCAAGGUAUUGAUGACCUUUUAGUUGCUGUGGAGAUGAAAUGUGUCAACAAUCUUUGCAUGUUCAUGUUCUGUUAGCAGGUGUGAUGCGUUAGCAUGUUUUGUGGCUGUAAAUUGUCCUGUUUUGUCAUGACAAAUGUUUUUAAGGUGUACUUACAGGAUGUCAACACUGCAAUAUCAAUAUUUCACACCUUUAGUUGCUAAAGAAACAUAAAAAUGGAUGUAAGUAGUUUGUUGUGUGUGAGCAGUAGCAAAUAAAACUGUCAUGAAAAUCA